UGGUAUAAAAGCCGUGCAACAGGCCAAAAUUAUCUCAAAUUGCGUUUAACUCUUGACCUUACUAUACAUACAGAUUGGAACAUCUAAAUACCAGUAUAAAAUGCGUUUGUUCAUCAUAGUUGCCUAUAUCAUCACCGUCACCACGUCAUGUGCCAGUCCAAUGAUGCUGCGAAAUAAAGUCAGGGCUCUGUACGAUGUGAACUCUGGCUACGCACCUGGUAGUACACCUCUCCACAGCACACACGCCUACAUGUCUGGACAUUAUUCUUCACUUGGCCAGCAUGGACACCAACUGGGUGCAUCAACUGCUAACGAUUUCUAUGCUUCGGGUACACAAAGUGGCAGCUCGGCUCAUAGCAUCAUCAGUAAUGGCGUAAGAAAGCAAAACUCUAGGAUUGACAAACGUCCCAAUUUGAAUUACGCCGGUGAGCACGUACAACUUCAUAAUGUUGCUUCGACCGUAACUCACACUUCAGCAACUUCAUGGCAGAGCAAAGACCACUCGACUGCAGCAAUUGGCGACCAACACUUGGCGAUAGCACAAGAUGGCGCCGUUUCAUUUGGACCGAUGCCUGUUUCCGCAUCUGAGUGGGGCCUUAAGGAUGUUCUGUACAUUUCACCAUUGGAUUAUAGUGACGAAUCAGCGGCAGUUUCAGCAGCAGCUUCAGCGUCAGCAUCUGCUGCGUCUACUUUGUUGUGGAAUCAACAAAAUCGCAAUUAUACACGUGGUUAUAAGCAGAAUGUAGCAGCUGGUCCCUACAAUUCAAUGUCAUGGAGCUCAGCUAAUUAUGAGUAUGGUAAACAAGCAAAAUGAGAAGAAUUUGUGAUGUGUAAAAGUUCAAUAAAAAAUUAGGUAAGGUAUUGUGUUGUAAUAUUUUACUUCCAUCCUAUGCUCCCACUAGGAGUGAUAAUA